CCGUGUGAUGAGAGCAUCAGCCCUCACUCCCUGCCACGUCUCCCGGGCAGCUGCGGCGCUGUGCGGGGCCGAGCCGGGCCGCCCGCCUCCCCUCCCUUCCCUCCUUCCCUUCCUUUCCCCGCGAGGUGGGGCCGCACGGCGGCAGGAGGGGCGAGCCCGCGGGGUGCCCCCCGCCGCCGCCUCCUCCUCCUCCUCCUCGUCGUCGUCCUCCUCCUCCUCCUCUUCUUCGUCCCCCCUCGGCGGCCCGGGGCGCCGUGGGUGAGGGGGCAGCGCCGCCGGGCCGCCGCUGCCGGCCGAUGUCCGAGCCGUGCUUGGAUGUCUUUGGAGACUGACUGGAGAGGCAGGGGGAAACGAGGAGAAAGAGCUAUUUGUCUGCUAACUAAAAGUCAUGAUUGUUACGACCUGGGAAGGCAUCAGGAUUGUCUGGGUCACAGGGCACAGCCUGCUGGAGGCACUGGAAGCGGACUGGUUCCUGGUCAUGCCCGGUGGAAGGAGGGGACCCAGCCGGCAGCAGCUAAGCCGUUCAGCUUUGCCUUCUCUCCAGACUCUGGUUGGUGGGAGCUGUGGAAACGGUACUGGUUUGAGAAACAGGAAUGGUAGUGCCAUCAGCCUCUCCGCACCUCCGAUCACAGCGCUGAUUACUCCAGAGCCUGUACGUCACUGCCGGAUCCCUGAACUACCUUUAGACGGGAGCCUGCUCUUUGAAUUCCUGUUCUUCAUCUACCUGCUGGUAGCACUCUUCAUUCAGUACAUCAACAUCUACAAGACUGUCUGGUGGUACCCGUACAAUCACCCUGCUUCCUGCACCUCACUGAAUUUCCACCUCAUUGACUACCACCUGGCGGCGUUCAUCACAGUGAUGCUGGCACGGAGGCUGGUGUGGGCCCUCAUCUCUGAGGCCUCUCAGGUGGGCGCGACGUCAGUGAUUCACUACAUGGUGCGCUUGGUGCUGCUCACCCUCUGUGGAUGGGUGCUCUGCUGGACUCUGGUCAACCUCUUCCGCAGCCAUUCUGUUCUCAAUCUUCUCUUCUUGGGCUACCCGUUUGGUGUCUACGUUCCUCUGUGCUGCUUCCACCAGGACAGCAGAGCACAGCCCCUACCUGCGGACUGUGGUUACUUGGUACAGGAUCAGAUGGUGGAUGAUGGGGCUUCAGCUGUCAGCAGCCUGGUCAAACCCAAAGAUUUCCUCUCGCUUCUGUGGGAAUCCUUGAGAGAACAGUUCAAUAAUCCUACAUCUAUCCCUACCCACAGCUGCCCCCUUUCCCCAGAUCUCAUCCGCAAUGAGGUGGAGUGCCUAAAAGCAGACUUCAACCGCAGGAUCAAGGAAGUUCUCUUCAACUCUCUCUUCAGUGCCUACUAUGUGGCCUUCCUGCCACUGUGUUUUGUCAAGAGCACCCAGUACUACGACAUGCGAUGGUCUUGUGAGCACCUCAUCAUGGUGUGGAUCAAUGCCUUUGUCAUGCUCACCACUCAGCUGCUGCCUCCCAAGUAUUGUGACCUGCUCCACAGAUCAGCUGCCCACCUCGGCAAGUGGCAGAAACUAGAACAUGGUUCCUACAGCAACGCUCCACAGCAUAUCUGGUCAGAAAACACAAUAUGGCCACAAGGAGUACUGGUGCGACGUAGCCGAUGCCUGUAUAAAGCAGUUGGGCCUUACAAUGUAGCAGUGCCUUCAGACGUGUCCCAUGCCCGCUUUUAUUUCCUUUUUCACCGUCCAUUACGGCUGCUCAACCUGCUGAUUCUCAUCGAAGGCAGCGUGGUCUGCUACCAGCUCUACUCACUGCUGCGCUCAGAGAAGUGGAACCAUACCCUCUCCAUGGCCCUCAUCCUUUUCUGCAAUUAUUAUGUCUUAUUUAAGCUCCUCCGGGACCGGAUAGUAUUAGGCAGGGCAUAUUCCUAUCCACUUAACAACUAUGGACUGAAGGCACACUAGGCCUGCCAAACGUGUACCCCUUCCCGUGCCACUGGGCAGGGAGGGAACCUCAGAAAAAAAUAUUUUCGUACAGUUCUAUUUUUUUCUUGCGGCGUUUAUAAAUAUUUAAAAUAUUUUAUAUUUUGUAUACUGUUGUUUUUGUGGGGUGGGAAGGGAACUGGUGGCAAUUAAAUGUCGCUUUAUAAACAAGGUGUUAUUUUAUAUAUAUAUAAAAAAAAUCAGUGUGUAUAUACCGUAUAUCUAUACCCAUACAUAUAUCUAUGUGAAGCAACAG